AUGAGCCUUUCACACUUCAGUUCGGGUACAUCCAACCUUUUGCUUGCACGACCGUCUUCGACAAGCCUAUCUUCAUCAGGUUCUUCUUGCAAAGACAUUUUUGUUGAUAUCUUGAGACAGGUGAGUCACCGCUGGUUGGAUACUUUGGCUACUGCAAGAUGGGACUUUUUGCUAUUGUUAUUUCUCCGGGAGUACACAUUUGGCAAAGGAGCGGCGCUGUCGACGGCCAUUGUAAAGGCCACUUCGGGCGCCACUUUUAUUUGUCCGUCUAUGAUAGCGUACAGGACACCCGAUCAAAACAUCUACCUGGAAUGAAAAAUAAUAGCAUCUACUGGAAGUAUUAUCAUAAUUUGCACCACCAAUGUUAUUACUGCCGACUUUGGCAUUAUUAUUACCACUACUGCGUGUCAAUGUUUCCCCAAAGAAGGGCGAUUGCUCGGGAAGGGGACACAUCUCUGUUUAACGUCUAAGGGUCACCACACUAUCACUCUGUCGUUUUCUCUAGUAUUUUGGCAAAUCCUACUCAGUGUUAUACAGCUUUUUUCGAAGCCCACAGUUAUUUCAGCCAUCCAUUUCACGAAGUCCAUAAAUUGAGACCCUCGAUAUUGCAGCCACCCAGCCUCACAACCAACCGCUUCUUUUGAACAGGCAUUUGACGAUAAUGCAUGUAGAACGUCUGAACUUAGCAUCUUCAGGGGCCGGAGAAGAAUAUUUAUAGUCUACUGAAAACUUAUUUUGAACGUCGUUUCUAGGCUGUUGGUUCGCCUCGUGUCACCGGAGAACCGCUCCACAUAGACAGAUCGGGAAAAUUUAACAUAUUUCUCCCAUAUGACCUGUAAUGUAUGUAUUCCUCAUCGCCCAUGUUGGUAGCAUUCUCACUUGCAGAGCAAAACUGCCUGGGAUACUGAUUUAUAUACUUUAACGUUACUGUAAAAGUUGAUUUUCCUUUUUGUAAGUUAAGUUGCACUCGGAACAGCUUUAAUCAAGCCUGAUCUAGCCAGCUUCGAUGAUGUCGGAUAUUGUAGCUCCUCACGCAUGAAGAUUCGCGGCAGUAGACCCAGACUGUGUUUUGACCGAGGAUUUUGCAUCAGCGACUCACGGUAAACUUGCAGAUGACGUAACUCCCCAGCAUUUGUUUAGGGCACCUUUUCUAGUUCCUACCCCACCACGGGGUAAGCAAUGCUAUCCCUAAAUAGGACUACUCGAAUAUCGCAGACGACUGCCGAACUUAAUUUUAGGCCACGGCUUUAUUUAGUGUAGAGCGACUCGAGUUAGUCUGGGUCGCCUACGGAACUGCCCGUCGCCCUUUCCGUAGGACAUUUUGAAAGUGGAGAGGGAGAAAUGUGAUAGAGAACAGAAUUGCCGGCUGUGGAGACACAGAACACCAGAUACUCUCAUUUUGUUUGGCCUGCCGGCCAAGGCGGUUGCCGGGGUGUGGUCGCUAGGCAGAGCCAGCUAAGGACCGCGCGAAGCAGUCAUCACUUGCAUGAUGCAACCUACCAAACCUACACGGUUCGCUUCCCAACCAGGCACUCGUACAUCCCCUCACCACACACAACAGUCCGACUAUGUGUGGGCACUUGCUAUGGAUGCCCAUCCCCAAUGACGCCAACCGUCCCCUGCUCUAGCCCACCGUAUUGGUGUAGCUCAUUUACCGCGUGGUGCGUUUUAGGGACACACACAAACAGAUUUUCGUACACAUAUAGAGACGAGUAACAUCUUUCUUAAUGCCCUACUUAGAGUGCCAACGACAGUGACGCUUAUCUCCUGGCUUUCCAAAGGCUGUCGACUGACUCGGGCAAGUCCGUCUUCCGUGCCCACCUUGUUGGUCUGCCGUCACAGUCGACUCUCGAGUGCGUUUCCCAUUUCGAAGUCGAAGAUGAGCUCGGAGAACACAUGUUGGUGAUUUGGAAAGUGCACCGUUGUCUCUUUCACUCGCGGGACUGCGAACGUCGCAGCGGACCCCUGCACCCUAUAGCAUUCGCCUACAUUGACUCCCACGCCUCCCUCUCCUCCCUCCUUCACAACUUCGGCCUUGAUUACUUGCUCACUGUCUUCGGUUUCUCCUUCCCCCACUCUAGCUGGCUUUCGUUUUGGCCAUGGGGUAGAUUUUCCUUCAUUUUCAAGCCCUCCGUCGAUCUGGCAACCCUGCUCACGACCUCUCCUAACAAGCGCGAGCUCACCACAUUUACUAACGUUUUUUGGGGCUAUUUUGCACCAUUCCUCGUUAAUCGGUUCUCGCGUCUGUCCCAGCCGAUCAUUAACUCUUUUAAGGCCCUCCAGAAUGAAUUGGAGAAGUCCAACCAAGCCGUCCGCGUGUUCCUUCCCCUGCCGUCAGACCAGCCCAUAUUUUGUUUCCUGGCCGGCUUGACCGACCUUAGCUCAUUCCGCGAUUCCAACGUCCUUGACCUUCUUCACACGUACCUCCUGCCCUUCGCAACAUCCGAGGACCUUGAUGCUCUGGUUCGUCGGUCUUCAGAUGUUUGUGUUCUGUUACUGCAAGAAACGGCUCUUUGUGAGCUUUUUGCUGACUAUCGGCCCGACCUAAUUGUCCAGCUGCUUGAGAACCCAUACAUACAAGAGCAGACCUUUAGGUGCCUUCUCCUCUAUGCCGAGCACGAAGGUGAUGUGGUGCUCACUGACUGGAUUCGCUUCAUUCUGAAUCUCCUUCUCGACUGUCUGCUGCAGUGUGAAGACAACCAUCAGGAUAGGACCGUCCUUGCAAAGGUCAAGGCACCCUUUAGAGCAGUUCCGUCACCCCUGCGGGGUUUGGUGGAUCUGGAGUUGCAGCGCUUUGCCCUAGCUUACGGCCGCCUUCAUGGUAGCCUUCAGAACCUGAGCAGAAUAGCCACUCGACGGGCUCUGAGGUUUCGAUUAAACACCCUUACUUGUCCACCCUACGUUGCUUUGACCGAAUACAUCGCACAACUGCAAAUUCCCCCACAUUUUAGGUCAUUCCUUUCCUCGUGUGGUCUCCCCGGUCUGCCGGUGGGCAACACCAGCAGCGACUGA